AUGGCAUUCGUCUUGACCUCUGACGGCGCCUUUGAGGUCAGCGUCACAGACGAUUCUUCCUCCAAUGUCGCGUCAACCACCUCUACGCCACCCACUACCAUUGCCGAUGAAGCCAGCCUGCACUCCGAAUCACCUAAGCGCGAUGUCGUUCACGUUGCACUCGAGCCCGAGUCUCCUGAAGUCGCGACCACCCCAUCCGACCCGAUCGAACCUACGCAGUCCGCCAGCCUUGUUGAUCUGCCGCCACCAGCCUCCGUGCGCUCUCGCCGCAGCCGCGUGAGCGCUCCUGUGUAUAAUUUGGUUCAAUUGAGUGGUACAGCUGGCCACGGAAAGCGACGCGCCAAAGGCGACAUUGUAGCGGACCGACGACGACGACGACGAACUGUUUCUGGCCCAGUUUUCCCCAAUGAUACUUCAGCAACUUCCAGCUCUGCUCAGGGUGCUACGCCCGAAACCAUCCGAAGUGGUAUUGACGCGCUCGGAGUUACACAGUCGGCCAGUAAACUCGAUUCUCCGCGCACUCGUCGUCAAAGAAUCUUGGAGGAUGAUUUGCCAAGUAGGCGUCCUUCAACGCGUCGCUCUAGUGCCAUUGUUCCUGCUGUAGUUACGCCCGUCAACAAAAAGUCCAAAGUCACUAAGCGCAGCCGCAAGUCUGUGGACAAGGCUGAGACGCCAAUGUCACGCGAGCUCAGACGCUUGCAGGAUACGAAAGAGUUUUCCCAUAUUGAUGAGAGACCCGUGAUUCAGAGUGUUUGGUCUAAUGGAAAGUUUGUUGACCCCAAAGCCCCUGCACUACAAUCGAAAAAGAAGCCAGAGCCAGAGCCAGCCACCGAGGAGCCCAAGGAAGCCGAGCCCGAACUUAUUAGCAGGCCGAGGAAGCGAAGAGUGAAGAAGUUUCUCGACAAAGGUCUUUACGCAGGCCAGGAUGCCCCCAUUGACAUAUCUAAGGGAUUGACUGUGACGGAGAAGAAAAGUCUUGCUCAGCUGCCCGGGCUGAUCCCCAGCGGCCGUGUCAACAAGACGAUGCCCAUGCCGAUGUUCAAUGGUCUGCGCCUGCUUAUUGAAGGUCGCGACUUCAAACUUCCUUACCAAGUCUGCAACCCUCUUCCCCCGGGUCAACCCAAACCCGACGAAUGGAAAAAGAUGACAAAGAAUCGGUUCAUUGGUGAAUCUAAGGACUACUGGAGAAAGUCGCCCCACUUCCACGAUUACUCUUCCAAGUGUGUCUGUAAGCCAGAAGAUGGCUGCGGCGAGAGCUGCCAAAACAGAAUUAUGCUGUAUGAAUGUGAUGAGCAGAACUGCAACGCUGGCAAGCAGUAUUGCACCAAUCGUGCAUUUGCCACUUUGACGGCACGUCGCAACCGUGGUGGGAAGUAUCGAGUCGGUGUUGAGGUAAUCAAGACCUCUGACCGCGGAUAUGGUGUACGAAGCAACCGAUGCUUCAGACCAAACCAGAUCAUCAUGGAGUACGCUGGAGAAAUCAUCACUGAAGAGGAGUGUGAGCGUCGUAUGACGGAGGUCUACAAAGACAACGAGUGCUACUAUCUCAUGAGCUUCGAUCAAAACAUGAUCAUAGAUGCCACCACAGGAAGCAUCGCGCGUUUCGUGAAUCACAGUUGCAACCCAAAUUGCAGAAUGAUUAAAUGGAUCGUUUCCGGACAGCCGCGAAUGGCCCUGUUUGCUGGCGACAAACCCAUCAUGACAGGCGAUGAGCUGACAUACGAUUACAACUUCGAUCCUUUUUCGGCGAAGAAUGUUCAGAAAUGUCUUUGCGGCGAACCUAACUGCCGCGGUGUCCUUGGCCCAAAGCCUCGAGAGGUCAAGCAGCCUAAGACGGACCUCAAGAACGCGGUCAAGGGUGCUGUGAAAGCAGGCAAACGCAAGCUCAAGGAGUUGAUUGGGGACGAGGGCGAUAGCAGCAACAAUGCUAAAAAGCGCAAGGUUCAGCCUGCAAAGGGGGUGAAGCGAGCCAUAUCGGAUGCUGGCUCCAAGGUUGCCAAGGGUGCAGCGACUGCUAUCAAGAAAGGUGUUUCUACGGUUACAUCCACCGCGAAGAAGGCAGCCCUGGGCUCCAAAUCGCCCGCAAAGCGACGUGUCUCAACCGGAGCGAUUCUUAAGAAGACGACGACGAAGCGUGUUAUCCAGACCUACUCGCGCACACCUCAGAAGCGAGUAUCAGGGCGAGCAUCGGGUGUUGGUCUUGUCGCAGCAAGCAGAGCAAAGGGUGCUUCAGUGACAAAGGUGACCAAGUCUUCUACUAAGACAUCUGCCAGUAUCAGAAAGGCCUCUUCUCGAAACACGGCGCCUCGAAAGGCGUUGGAUAUCUCCCGGGAAGCUGAGAUUUUGGUGGCAGCUGAUGAUUAA